UGGAGCUUGAAGUCAGUCUUGGGUCGGGUCGGGACCUCUACAUAGUUUGGACCAGGCUCCGCUUGAACCAAAAAGACCGGCCUCAUGCUCUUUCAAUUGGUUUUUCUUUUCUUACAUUCUCCUCUCUUCCUGUCGACGACCAGAAAUAUAUCCUACUAAAGGAAAUCGUCUGAGGCCUGGUUUUUGUCAUAAAUGUCGAAAAGCCAAGUUCGAAAAGAUGAGCCAGGGGAACCAGACGAUAAUACCCAGUGGAUUGCUAUAGAACCACAGCGGACAGAUGCUCCCCAUCCCCCUCUGGCAUCUCCCAAUCCACCAUCCUUUGACGAAUCACAAUUUGAUGUUAUUCUUCGCCGCCAACGCGUCAGACCGCCCCUCGGACCUUCUCGCAAAUCAACCACCAUUCCUUCGCGUUUCCUGAAUCUCUCCAAUGAAUUCGAGUUUGCUGGAUGGGGAUCAUUCAUCAAUCUCCGGUUAGAAGCCUCUGAUUACGAGGCGGGAGAGGCUCGAAUCAAGAUGAACGACGGGAUGAAAAUUCUUGGCCAAUUCACUGCUAGUGCACUUGCUGGAAAUGCCGUCCUUGGAAGCGUGUUCUACGCCCUUCCUGCGGUUGUGGGAGUUGCUAGUGUUUACUCUCCGAUUUCCUUAUUUAUCGCCACAUUGACCCUCUUCGUCUGGCGUCCCAUAAUGGAAGAACUUGGGUCAGCAUUCCCUAUAUGCGGCGCUCCCUAUUCCUACCUUUUAAACAUAUCUAACAAGAGUCUAGCUCUCCUUGGUGCCGCCCUCUUGUUCCUCGAUUUCGCAUCCACAUCUGUUGUCUCAGCAGCCACGGCCACCUCCUAUCUCGCUGGGGAAGUUGCGUUACCUUUUCCGGAGUUCGUUGGGACUAUUAUCGUCCUAUUGAUAUUUACAGUGGUCAGCUUGUCUGGGAUGAAGGAAAGCGCUAGAGUCGCACUCUGCGUGCUUACUCUGCACAUGGUCACCAUGACUAUCCUAAUCAUUGCUGGCGCUGUACAUUGGGCGAACAUCGGGAAUGGCCAAAUCAUAGAGAAUUGGCAUAAUGGAAAAGCUUCGUCGGCUUCCGAAGUUGCAAAGCAGAUUUUCAAUGGAUUCUGUCUCGGAAUGUUGGGACUCACUGGGUUUGAAUGCAUACCUGCCUACAUAGCGCGAAUCAAGCCAGGCCGUUUGCCCCUUGUCCUUCGCAAUCUACACUAUCCUGCUAUUGCGCUAAAUUGCGUAUUGAUGACUCUGGUUUUAGCUAUCGUCCCACUAGAGUCUAUUCUGCAAGGUGACAACAUAUUGAGUCUGCUCGCCGAAAAGACCAUUGGAAAAGGAAUGCGGUCGUUCAUUGUUGUGAAUGCUAUCAUUGUGCUCUGCGGAGGAGUACUUACAGGUAUCCUCAGCGCCUGUGAACUUCUGGAACAGCUCACUCUCGAUCGCAUGAUUCCUAAAAGUUUCUCCCGAACCAUGCCUGUGACAAAUUCUCCCUACAUUUCAGUCAUUUCCUUCAUUGCUUUCAGUGCAGCCAUUUAUGCCAGCACAGGGGCUCAGUUGAGCAUUGUUUCAAAAAUGUUCUCCCUCGUAUGGCUGGUUGUCAUGUCCUUAUUUCCUCUUGCCCUUCUCUUGCUCAAAUUCAAUAGAGGUCGUCUCCUGAGAACACCUAACACUCCAUUUUGGGUGGUUUUACUUGCUUUAACGUUGGUUCCUGUUGUUUUUGCUGGCAACGUUGUUGUGGACCCCACAACCGCGGGAUAUUUUGCAGUGUAUCUAAUCGCUAUCGUUUUCUUCUUCUCCGCCACACAAAACAAAACCCGCAUCUUGAAAUGGUCUUAUGGUAUUUACGAUCAAUUUCCAUCAUUGCAUAGAUGGUCUUUGACCAAGUCUUACGGAGAGAGGAUCAUCAAUCUUAUGAGGACUCUCAAACGUCAGCCAGUGGGCAUCCUGGUCAAAACAGACGAAAUAAAUAACCUGUUUCAUAUGAUACUGUAUGUGCGCGACAAUGAAGAAACAGCAUGCGUCAAAAUUGUCCAUUUUGUCGAUGAGGAAUUUGGAGUACCUUCAGAACUAGAAGCAAAUGCCCGAAUCUUGGAUGAGGCCUUUCCCGAAAUAACGAUAGAUCUCAUAAUAGUGACUGGAUGUUUCAACCCUAUCAACGUUGCAGCACUGGCUCACCGUCUUAAUAUACCACCUUCUUUGAUGUUCAUGAGCUGCCCGGGGCCUACAUUCAAAUAUAGGGUGGCCGACUUGGGAACAAGGAUAAUAACAUUGUAGAAAUAUAACUGAAUGAGCGAAAUAUGGCUAAAUGCAGAGAUAUAUGACUGGACGGGUGCUGAACACUACAAUCACUGAAAAACCCCUAAAACAUGUACUGUUAGCAUGCAUUCAGGCAGAUGUAUGGGCCGAUACUGUACAUACUGUACAUAUACAAGCAGAUGGAGAUUGACUAGGACUGUUGA